AAUCAGCGUCGUCUUUGUUAGCAUUUUAUGCGCCAAACUGCAUCUUCGGUUGCAGUUUUAGGUGUAAUCAUAUACUGUUUUGUCCUCAGUGACCCAGUCUGUUGCAGCUCCUUUUUGCUUAUCCCUCGCCUCCCCCGCCUCAGCACUCAUCCGAUCCCUCCCCAUUCCUCCCUUGGGUAUGAGCGACUGGCUGGCAGGGGCCAUAAUCAGUUCUUUCUGUCAGCAUGGUAGCAAAGAAAAAAAAAAGCUUACGUCACAGUCAUUACAGGCUGUAUAAAAGCCUGAGUAAUGCAGAUUCACUGUGCAGUCAACCCAGCUACAUUCCCUGAAACAAAGCAGCCCAUCUCUCAAGUCAUGGCUUCGACAGGCUUCGACCCCUACCUGCCCACUUUCAAGAGGAGAGUAGUCGUUCGCAGUGCAGGAUAUGGAGCAGGAGGAGGAAUUGGAUCUAGGUCUGCUUACUCCACCCACUCUGCUCCUGUACCUUCCUACAUUUCCUCCCGCAGGAGUUAUCCUACAUCCACCCGAGUGGCUUCGGGCUACUCCACCGUGCUUCCUGCUGCAGCUGCCCCUGAGCUCCGCCUUGACCAGGCAGUCCAAGUAAGCUCCGAGUUCAAAACCUUAAGGACCCAGGAGAAGGCUGAGCUCCAGGACCUGAACGACCGCUUCGCAAGCUUCAUUGAGAGGGUCCAUGAAUUGGAGCAGCAGAACAAGUUGCUGGAGACCGAGCUGCUGCUGCUCAGGCAGAAGCAGACCGAGCCCUCCAACCUUCGGGCCCUCUAUGAGCACGAGAUCCGCCAGCUCCGAGCUGUUGUCGAUGAGGCCCGCCACGAGAAGCAGGCGGCGCAGGACCACAGGGACGAGAUGGAGGACGUGCUGAAGAGCCUGCAAAAGCGCUACGAGGACGAGGCUCUUGGCAGAGAGGAAGCAGAGGGGCGGCUCAUGGACGCCAGAAAGGGAGCAGACGAUGCCGCCCUGGACCAGGCCGAGCUCGACAAAAGAGUGGAGACCCUGCUGGAUGAGCUGGCCUUCCUGAAGCGACUCUGCGAGAGCGAGAUAGCAGACCUGCAGGCCCAGGUUCAGUACAGCGUGGAGGUGUCGGUGGGGAUGGAGGUCUCCAAACCGGACCUAUCCUCCGCCCUUCGGGACAUCCGAGGGCAGUAUGAGAAGCUGGCCCACCGYAACCUUCAAGCAGCCGAAGAAUGGUUCUGCAACAAGAUGAGCGUGAUGACCGUAGGCUCCACUCGCAACACGGAGAGCGCCCGCAGCGCCAAGGACGAAGCUGGAGAGUACCGCAGACUGCUGAAAGCCAGAACGCUGGAGAUCGAUGCCUGCCGCGAGAUGAUCCAAGCUCUGGAAAACCAGCUGCAGGAAGUGGAGGAGAAACAGAGCGAUGAGAUCUCUGCACUGCAGGACGCAAUCGGUAACCUGGAGGAAGAAGUACGGGCCAACAAGAACGACAUGGCUCGUUACUUAAAGGAUUAUCAGGACCUUUUGAAUGUAAAAAUGGCCCUGGACAUCGAAAUCGCAGCUUACAGGAAGCUCCUGGAAGGAGAGGAGGAUCGUCUGAGUGUGGAAAGACCGGGACAUUACACCGUUUACUCCCAGGCCGUGAGCAGUGCUCCGUCCUACGGGAGAGUCCAGGUCUCCGCGYCGUCUCAGCUGAGCUCUGCGGCACCGUACCUGCUGAGCUCCCGCCUGUUCUCAUCAUCGCUGCCCACUGAGGACGUGAUAUCUGCAAGCCGAGCACAGCAGGCUGAGGCCAGACCGCCUCAGGAGGAAGAGGAGGAAGAGGAGGAGGAGGGAGAACAGGUGGAGGAGGAAGAGAAAGAGGAGGAAGAGAUGGCAGAUGAGAAAGAGGAGGAGGAGGGGGGAGAAGAGAAGGAGAGAGAGGAAGAAGAGGAAGAGGAGAAACAAGAGGAGGAAGCUGAAGAAGCAAAUGGAAAAGAUGAAGCAGGUCAAGCAGAGGAGGGAGACAAAGAUGACGAGGAAGAAGGAGAAGAAGAAACCAGCCAGCCUCAAGAAGAAGAAGAGGAAGAUCAGAAGGAAGAGGGCGGCAAAGAAGGCGUGAAGGAAGAACCGGAGAAAGAGGAGAAAACUGUAGAUAAAAAAGUUUAAAUGAAUGUGUGAAACAUCUUUGGUGCUCAAAAGAAAUGCCUCAUUUAAAAAAAAACCUUGAACUCAGAAAUGUUGGUAAAUGUCUGAAUCCCCCCUGAACAACUAAUAGCAUGUAUGUCAGAAUGUACUCAUUGAAAGCAAUAAAAAGCAACGAUAAGACAAAGAAAAACAGGAGCUGUCAGGAGGAGAUCCUGCUUGGUGGAGAUCUGUUUGCCGGUGCUUUCCCUGUCACCAAAUAAUGCUUACAACCGUCUUUAUGUGCAACAUAUGCAGUUUGAAAUGCCUUCAAGCCCCCACCGAGUGCUUUAAGUCUCAUCAUGUGCUGCACUGAACUUCAAUAAAGCCUUGAAGCCUUGUCAACCUAAA